AUGGAAGUGAAGGUAUCUGUGGACGGCGUCCCACGCAUAGUCUGUGGAGUAACCGAGAAGACAACUUGUCAAGAAGUAGUCAUUGCACUGGCUCAAGCGCUUGGUCGGCCAGGGCGUUACACGCUAAGGGAGAAUUUCAAAGACUUUGAACAGUACAUGAGGCCAAACGAAUGCCUUCUGGAGUCAGUAGAGAAGUACGGCCAGCAGGCCAGGGAUGUUGAACUUACUCUUCUUCACAAUGGACCCUCUCUGUGGGAUGAAAUGAGUGCCGCAAAAGGAGGAAGAUACCAGUCUCUCACACACAUGAGAAUUAAUGAUGCAAAGGCCAGAAUGCCAACGGGCAGUCGCUCACGUUUGCAUCGGCAGAGCUUGCCACCACUUGCUUGUUUGCAAGAAGCCGAGAAACCAACAGAGGAAAUGAAAAGACCCAAAAGAAAAUCUCUGACCCUCAUGGAGGAAGCAUGGGGAUGGCUGCAAAGUCUGGGUAAGGGCAGACAUCAACAUCCAGCUUGUAGUAAACAAAGCAGUAAGACGUUCAAUAAAAGGUACAGCAGCUCUAUGAAUGUUUUAGGGACUCUUCCCGACAAUACCUCAGCCCCAGUUAGUUUGUUGAGCAAAAUCAGAGGUCGGAAGACUGGAAAUUUCAAAUUGGAUCAUCAAACGUCCCACUGUAUGGGAAGUCCAGGCAAGGAGAAGGAAAGCAAACAAUCCAAGAAAAACCGAAGCGCGGGAACUACUGAGGCCCUGUCAAAUUCAAGCAAAACCGAGGAGACCGAAAAUGAGCAGAAAAAGCUGAGAGAAACCAUCAUGUGCCAGAUGGUUUAUCUGCAAGAUCUGCAGACCCGGACAACAUUUGUAGAUGAACAGAUCAAGGAGCUUGAGGAACACCUGAGGUCCAGAAAAGCUGAACGAGAAGGCCAGCAGAAAGUUUUUGAUGAGAUCGAACAGCUCCAGUUUUGGGAAAUGGAACUAAAGGAAGAGGAAGGUUAUGAGCAAGAUCUGCAGGCUCAGUUCUUGGAGAUAAAAGAGAAGGUUGCAGAGUGCAAGGCCAACUUGAAGGGAUAUAAAUCUAAAAUGCAGAUGUUGAAUCUCUCUUGGGCUCAAAAUGCUGAUAAAGGGAAACCAGAAACGGUUCCAAGAAAAGGUUCCACGAAUACUGUAGCGGAAGUGACCAUUUCAUAUAGAGCCCUUAAACCCAGAUCUUACCCUGUCAGAGACGCAACUACUGACAGAGAGCUCCUACCCAGGAGGGACCUCAGUCCCCUGCUCGCUCCCAAUCUGACGAAGGAUCAAGAUCCCACUGAGUCCAGGGAACAGUGGGCACAGUGGUCUGAAGUCCAUUUCUCUAAAACAGAGACGAAAGAGAAGGUGAUGCAUCGCUCUGAACUCACAAUAUAUCUGGGUAGUACUAAAGUUUAG